AUGCUUGAAUGUCUUCCGAGCAAAACCAAGGAACUUCGUGUACAGAGGGUGCACGACGGUAAUGUCUCACGACUUCGGAGAUUCAAGCUUUUAGGCAAAGGUAUCAAUGAUAUGCAGGCUCGUCGACUUGUUCAUGUCAAGCUUAUCGGAUCAGGUGUUGGUCUUGCAUCCGAAGCAAUCCACCAUCAUCGAAACAAACCCUUCUCAAACCUUCCGCAGGCUUCUUCAGACAAUGGCGAAAGCAGCCGCGCAGGCGCGCAGCUCAGUCACAGCUACAAUGAUCCGCCUCCUCAAUAUGUCGAGGUAUCUCCCGAGGAAGCUGAUAAAAUGAUGGGAAAAGGCCAAGCUGUGCCAGCAAAUGAGAAGGAAAAUCACGAUUUUGAAAAGGAAUGCGACGAUGAUGAUCUCUCUGAUACGGACUCUGAGGGAGGGGACGAAGAAGCUUGGGCUUUAGACGAAGCGGCAGAUAGUUCUGGCCCAACUCCUCCUUUUGAGGAACCUACUCAAGAUGCCAAUGGUCUUACCGAUACAUUUUUGCGGAAUCAUCCACCUCCAGCAUAUAAUGCUGCGAAGCCGAAACUUCCUUGUCCAGUCAUCCUCCCACAACGAAGACCGAAGGAUAAGAAACGUGGGUUUAUAAGAGCAUAUGCGCCAGUUUUGGAAGAUUGUGGGAUUGACCAAGCUACGUUCUUGGAAUUCCUAAAAACCUUUUACCAUGCGAGUAAAUCUUCGCCAUGGUUGAAUGUAAUAAAUGCAGCGGCUGGUAUUGUCGGCUUUGUGCCGGGCCCUAUCGCGAUGGGUGUAUCAAUAGCUACUCAAUUUGCGGUUGGUGUAGCUAUGGAACUCCAGACACGAUCGAGGACGAACACGUUCCUCGAUAAAUUGAACAAUGAGUUCUUCAUGCCUCGUGGCCUUUACUGCUUGAUACUUACAUACAAGCCCGAAUCAUCAGCAACCCAUGCCUUUGUUGAUAUUAGCAAAGCUAUUGCCUCAUCCCUUGAUGACACAGCCACAGGCUUCAAAAAAACACUGAAACACAUAAAACUGUCAAGCGGAACAACAUACGGAGAACUCGAAAUGCCAGAAGCAGCACCACUGAUCUUUCCGGCAUUGGAUCAAAUUGCUGAGCUUGAGGAAAGCGAAAAUGUCCAGAAAAAUAACAAAUUCAAGAACAGUGGAAAAUUCGUCACCGAUUACUUUGAUCGUCGGGCCCAAGCCAAAUAUGCAAUGCAAUACCCAACCGGGACUCUAGCAACACCGAAUCCACGAUUUUUCUCCCGUUACUCCGACCCCAAUAACCCGGCUAGUAGCGGGUCUCUCAUGUCCCUCAUCACCGGCGGCCACAUCAACACAAAGGCGCGAAGAGUGGAGCGAAGAGCCGCCAGAGAAGAAAGGAGACAAAACAAGAGAAUUAGAAAGGCGUACCAGAGAGGAGAAGACAUUACUCCAGAGACGGGACUCAGAAGAAAGAGAAACCCAGGUCUUGUUAAGAGGAUAUUGCAAAAAGAAGUCCUUUACCUAAUGAUCGUGAGUUAUGACCUGGAAAGCCCAGAGUAUCAGGCUGGUAUGAGGAGUGUUGUGGUGGAGGGAGAAGGAAUGUAA